AUGGCGGGUUAUCAGGGUGCUAAUAUUCAUUUCUUCUUCAACAAGGAGAAGGCAGGCACUCCAAAAGUCAUGUUGAAUCGCUAUAUCUACGAAACUCGCUCCAGCGAGCUUCCCACCUCGGAAUGGCUGUACCAAAAGGCAUUCAUUGCCGCAUCCUCAAAGGCUACGGACGGCCUGCUCUGGCUCGACAUCUAG